AUGGUAGAGAUAGCAGCUAUUUUGUGUCCUGAGAGCAAGAACAAAUUUGAAAAAAUAAGCUUAUCACGCAGGACAGUGACUCGCCGUGUUGAGCUAAUUGAAGAAGAUUUAGCUAGCAAGCUAAACAAACAAGCGGAGUCAUUUACAUUAUAUUCCUUGGCACUGGACGAAAGUAACGACAUAAGGGACAACGCUCAGCUUUUAAUCUUUAUCAGAGGGAUUAAUGACAAUUUUGAGAUAACGGAGGAGUUUUGGGCCAUGGAAUCCUUGAAGAGGAAAACGAGGGGAGAGGAUUUGUAUAACAGCGUGUCGGCGGCAAUGGAAAGGCACAAGCUACCUUGGAGUACGCUCGCCAAUGUUACCACAGAUGGAUCGCCAAAUCUGACUGGAAAAAACGUCAGAUUGCUGAAAAGAAUCCAGGACCGUGUGAAAGAGGACAACCCUGAGCAGGAAGUAAUUUUCUUACACUGCAUAAUCCACCAGGAAGCACUGUGUAAAUAUGUAUUGCAACUUGACCACACAGUGAAGCCAGUUGUAAAACUCGUAAACUUUAUUCGAGCGAGGGGACUUCAGCAUCGUCAGUUUAUUACGUUUCUUGAAGAAACUGACACCGAUCACCAAGACUUGCCUUACCUCUCCAAUGUCCGCUGGUUAAGUUUGGGGAAAGUGUGUCAACGAGUAUGGGAGCUCAAACAAGAGAUUAUCUCAUUUUUGGAGCUACUUGAGAAAGCCGACGAUUUUCCUGAGCUGAGUGACACAGAUUGGCUUUGUGAUUUAGCUUUUGCUGUGGAUAUACUGACACACAUGAAUGAGCUGAACCAAAUGUCAAACAAGUCAUUUGCUCAUUUCCCCACACUGGCGACACUGAAAAAAGCCCCUCGAAAUAUGAAAAAAUAUAGGAAAUCACUGGAUGACCUGGGUGGAGAAUUCUGCCGUCGGUUCUCUGAUUUUGGAAAAAGUCACUUCAGCUUGUUUCGUGUCCCUUCACACAAGAUCCUGAAACAGUGCCAGAAGAUGUGA